GUUGGACCCAAACGCGCCAAUCUGAGAUGUCGUCACUAUGGGCCUUCGAAGAACCGAAGGGCCCCGUCACCAGGCUCCAUUGCAAUUGGUAGAUAGGCUUCUCACUAUUUAUCAUAAGAGUCGAGUAUGCCUUACAGGAUACUGGGACAAUAUCCCAUGUUUUCUCCUUUCGAUAUGAAGGUCCUGUUUCCCGCUUGGUUUGAAGCCUGGCUGAAGAAGUGGGGGAGGAAGUUACACUUGUUACUUGCCAGCCUCGGGCUUGGUUCGAGGUCGGCACAACGAGCUGAUGUCAAAACAAUACACGAUAAGAAUGCAAAGAAUGAGUUUGUUUCUUUAUGCAUUUAUAUCACGCAAUGUUUACUGAGUAUCUACGGAUUAUUAGUAGUCUGCUCGACCUCACUGAGCAAAUAAGCAAGGAAUCAUCGCGAUACCCUGUCGCUCAAGGCGGCUUUGGGGAUGUCUGGAAAUGCAUACGCAAGCACCCUCGAAUUACGGUAGAGGUUGCAGUGAAGUGUUUACGACUUGAGAUCCCGAACGAUAGUUGCAAGACAAAAAUUACCGAGAGGCUGGAACACGACUUGCAGCGGAACACUCAGCUGGAACACGCCAAUCUGUUACCUUUUCUGGGAAUAACUCAAGGGUUUGGUUCACUGCCUGCUAUCGUUUCCCCAUGGAUGCACAAAGGCUCACUUACCAUGCUUCUGGAACGUGAUUUCCAGCAACUUACUCUCACUCGAAUGCUCCAAAUCCUCAAAGAUGUCGCUUCAGCUCUUCAGUACUUGCACUCUAAAAACAUAGUACACGGCGAUCUCACCGGCAACAACAUUCUCAUUGAUGAGAACGGCAAUGCCUUCGUGGCUGACCAUGGAAUUCUCAUUUUUUGUGCCGAGCUCCAUGGCACGUCAUAUAUCAGAAGCAAUGUGCGAUGGGCUGCACCUGAAAACUUUCAAGUCCCGGAAGAUGACGAAUCAAUAAACUUGCCCCAAUUGGCAUCAGACAUCUAUUCGUUCGGGUGCAUCAUGUUGCAGGUCUUUACAGGAAAAGUUCCGUAUUCCGAAUUUCGAAGUGACCAUCAGGUUACGGUGCAGAUACUCAGAGGCCGGAAGCCUGCUCGACCAGUGACUCCGCCCAUUGCGGAUGCUCUAUGGGAUUUCAUGCAGAAGUGCUGGCUUGAUGAGCCGGAACAUAGGCCUUCAGCCAAGGAAGUCUUGAUAUUCAUACAGGAACAGCUGAAACUGCCAGAGGAGAACUCCUGACUCUCCCAUGCGACUCAUGAUGCCAUAGCAGUUCUAUAUGUUGUGUUCUUCGUCCUGCGCUCUGUAUGAUGUGAUGUUCGCGACAUCUCGUGCCUCAAUAUCUCUCUUGAAAACUCACUCCUGCUACUCCCAGGCUUGGGUUUAUCAUGUCAAUAUGUCCGCAGUCUUCCUGGAUAGGCUUGAAUGCAGAGUGGAUACAUGAUAUUAUGCUACACCGUGACCCACUUUGGGUGACGCACAUUAGUAUUUAGUCCUAC